AUGACAAGGUCACUAAGCGUUGCAGACAUAACUAAUACCUUCGAUUCUCCAACAAUGUCGAACGAAAACAAUCAUUCCAUAUUCACUACUGCUACGUCCCUACCACCAAUAACUGACCGUUUGAAUCUCCCAAACAUGGUCAUGGUUUCCUCUUCCAUCGACGAUAAUAAUAAUGGUGCCAUCCAUAAUAGGGGAAAAUUAGAAAAGAUUCCAAGACCUAAAAACGCCUUCAUCCUGUUUAGACAACAUUACCAUAAGGAAUUAAUUGAUGAAUGGACUAAAGCUGGUACUGAUAUCCCACAUAAUUCAGAAAUAUCAAAAAUUUUAGGAGUUAAAUGGAAAAAUAUUUCAGAAAAUGAAAAGACUCAUUGGAGCGAUUUAGCAAAGGAGGAAAAAUUGGAACAUUUGAAGAAGUAUCCCCAAUACAAAUAUAAACCAACAAGAAGAAAGCCAAGAAAGGUCCCAAAGAAAUUGAAACAUGCAACUCCUUGGGGGUUCCAAAAAUUAUCAAAUUUCCAACAACAACAACAUCAACAACAAGAAAUGAUUCAACCUAACUAUGUGAGAACUGAUAUGAACGGAUUCUACCAACAUCAGCAACAUCAACAGCCACAACAACAUAUUAAUCAAUUCCCAAGUUAUGAAGCGUCAGGGUUUCAGAACCCAAACAUGACUUUGAUUAAUAAGCAAGUGCCAUCCGUACCAAGAAUUUUACAACCAAAUGCCUUACCAAGAGAUGCUUCAUAUCAUCCAUCACCACCAUUACAUUCUCAAAACAUCAUGUAUCAGCAACCAAAUGGUCCAAUUCCAUCUUAUUCUAUGGUGGUUCAUAAUUCAUCGCGGAACCAACAACCUUACAUGCAACAAGGUUCUCAAUCCAAUAUUGUCAUCAAAUCUAAUUAUGAUAAUAAUACCAACGUGGGAAACAAUCAUAUUCUAAGGCUACCUUAUCCCAGAACAUCAAGUCUUCCUGAUCGUAUGACACAACCACCAGUAUUAUUACCAUCUUUACUGUCACCAUCCUCCAGUAACCGGGAAUUAGCAAGACAGUUACCAAUUCCUCCACUUUCUGCCAUUAAUCUAAAUCGUGCAGGAAGUGAAGAGUAUUUCAAAAAAUAA